UUCUUUAACCAAGGGCUACAACGAGGAGUAAAAGAGCCUCAUGUAGGGUCUCUUAAGAUUUAUUUGAUUAUUUUUUCAUGAAAAUGUUGCAGCUACAAUAUACUACAGGAAAGGAAAACUGAUUUUGACAUUUGAUCUGGCAGAGAGUUGCCCUUCCUGAAACAACUCUCUGUUGUCUCCGGGCUGGGGACCGGCACAGGAAAACCCAGACUUGUUCCCCCUUGUGGAUAAUGUUGAUUUUAUGAACCUCAAUCUGAAUUUGUUUGAGCUUCAUUUUUUUUUUUUUUUUUAAGAAUUUGCUGGAAUUCCAACUUUCACAGGCAAAUAUUCUCAAGAACGUUGCUUAAAUAAUUUUUAAAACAUAAUUACCCUCCAGGAAUUUACAGUGAUCCCAAAAGACCUCAUUUCUAAGUUUGCAGGUUUGUUAUUAAUCAAACUUAAAGGGCAUUUUUAGAAAAUGCUGAUUUAAAAAGAUAUUACUCUAAAGUGCUGGAUUAGGUGCAGUGGCAUCAGAAAACAGUGGAGAUCACAGUGAGAUAUCAGAGUCUCCAAAGACUUGGAAAGCUUCAGAAAGCCUGCCAAGAUUCCUUAUCAUUAUUAUUUUUUUUACUGUACAAGCAGUGUAAAUGGACAUAUUUCAAACACAUUGUUUUCAUUCAUAAAACCGUCUCAACACAUCAAAGGAAACGAUGAAGUGGUCAAACGCACUCCCGGGACGUGUGAGUGUGGAGCAGAUAAAAGAGCGGGAAUCCUAUCACAGGACGAGUGGUUCUGAUUGAUGGAGUGGCUGAAAUAAUGAAGGAGAAAGCGGCGAGUGGCUCCAACGUUGCAGAACAGGGAAAGACAAAAAAGACGGAGCAGGGCAGAGUAAUGAGGAAAAUUGGGGAUAAUUGAAUAGAAGAGCACUUGGGUGCCAAACAAGAAAACCCACAGAUCCAGUAGAUGGUGAGGAGAGUGGAAGGAGAGCAAAGACGGAGGAUCAAUCCAGCAGCUGAAGGGAGACGGGGAGAAAGGGGAGUGCAGUGGAGACGGAGAGGGAGGGAGCGAGCAUCUAUACUAGGGCAGCGAGGAGGUGAAAGUGUUUUGUGUGUGUGAAUGAAAAAGAGAAAAAGAGGCUGCACAAUACAGCAGCUCAUGCAGCUCACUCCGACGCAUGUUUCAAGAAUGUUAGAAGAAAGAAAAUCACUUCUUUUUCUUCAAAUCUGUUCUAUCUGAUGGAUCUUUAGUGGUUUUUCCUUUUGACCUGGUUCUUUUGUGGCUUAUUGACUGCAGACACAAAAGACUUUAAAGCAUGUGUUUUAGGAUGAAGCCAGUCACAUGGGAUAGCCAUGUUUUGUCUCCAUGACAGCUUUAUCACUCAGCCCUCUCUGCAGUGACCCCUGCACAGCAAAGGAUGCUGGGAAAUAAUGAGCACUUUUAUCCCAGUCAGGACGACAAAGAUGGGGAGGAUGAGGAGGAGGAAGAGGAGCAAGGACGAGAAAUAAGAAAAAACAAAGGUGAACGCGACCCACAGAAUGGAGGACUGGAGGGUCUGAUAGGGAAGGAAAUGACUGGAGGACGCCAAUCCUGGGAGGGCAAAGGAGGCGAAGGGGGGAAGCCAGCAGCCAUUGUGGUUGGUAGACAGAGAGUGGACCGACCAGGGAGGCCGGGGAACCCAGGGAGCAGGGGCGCCCCGUACAUGCCCAACCAAGCCCCCGGUCAUCAGCAUGGUGCAAACAAGCAGCAGCAGCUCCAGCUGAUAGCAGCAAAGAGGCGGGCUCUGAUGGAGCGCAGCAUGACCACCAUGGCGCCGCUGGAGGACACCUUCCUGCCCAUGAUGGUGUUCCGCAUCGGAAUUCCAGACAUCAAGCAAACAAGGUGUCUCCAGUUUGAUCAGGACUGCACGGUGUGGAAUGCUAAGCAGCAGAUCAUCUGCUCCCUCGGCGAAUCGCUGUGGGACGCCUACAACUACGGCCUCUUCCAACCGGCCGGCGAUGGAGGGGAUGCCAAGUUCCUGGAGGAGGAGCGGCUCCUCAGGGAUUAUGCACAGUCCUUUGAGAAAGGGGUUCCCUACCUGGAGUUUAGGUACAAAACCAGGGUUUAUAAACAGACCAAUCUGGAUGAAAAGGCUCUUGCUAAGCUCAGCUCAAAGGUAUUUCAUCUUUUCACCAAAAUGUCACUGGUUACUGAUAUACAGUCUCCAGGUCCACCUACAAGCAUGCUGUUUCUCUCCCCUCAGGCCAGUCAGAAGAAGUUCCUGGAUUACAUUCAGACUGGAUCACUGGAGAAAAUGGCUAAAGUUCUUGAAAAAGGUCUCGACCCAAAUUUUCACGACCCAGACAGUGGAGAGACUCCGCUCUCUGUGGCCGUGCAGUCUGGACUGUCUGCAGAUGGCCUCAGGCUGCUGGUUCUGGGCGGGGCUCACUUGGACUUCAGAAGCAGAGACGGCUCGACAGCGAUGCACAAAGCUGUCAAAGCUCACAACCAUGCUGGCUUACUGGCUCUUCUGUCUUUUGGAGCAUCUCCGGACUACAAAGACCGCUGUGGCCUGACCCCGCUGUACCACACCGUGCUGGCAGGGGGCGACACUUCCUGUUGUGAAACUUUGCUUUAUUACAGGGCAAAGCUGGGGACGAGGGAUGAGAAUGGUUGGGACGAAUCCCAUCAGCACAGGGAUGAAGAGGAGUUUGGAAUGGAAGAAAUUCAUAAGGCUUGCCAGAAUGGUUUUGCACAACACUUGGAGCAUCUGCUGUUUUAUGGGGCAGACACUGCUUCUCAAAACGCCUCAGGGAACACUGCACUUCACAUUUCAGCCCUCUACAAUAAGGAGAGCUGUGUCCGUGUUCUGCUGUACAGGGGAGCAAACAAGGAGGCAAAGAAUAAGCACGGUCAGACCCCUUUUCAGGUUGCAAUAAUGGCUGGCCACUUUGAACUCGGUGAGAUCAUCAAAAACCAUAAGGACACUGAUGUUGUGCCAUUCCUGGAAUCCCCAAAGUUUGUUCCCAAACGAAGAGAGAGUUCGCACACGCUGCCUCUUCCCUCGCUUCAGUCCCACCCCCUGCUGCGUGCUAACAGCGACAACACCAUGACCCAAUCUGACCCUUUGGCCUUCCCCAGCAAGCCAGCUACCAAUCCCCACCCCGCACAGGGCCAGCGCAGGGCCUCUAUAGGGAUGAGAAGCUCCAGCAGCCCUAGAACUCGCACACGCUCGCCCUCCAGAGGACGAGGAGGGCAGAGCGACACCGAGGAGAGACACCGACAGCCAAGAGGAAGACAGGGUGCCACCUCAGCGAGCAGCGGGACCGCUCCAAUGAAGCGGAUGUACAGCGCCGUGCCGGGGAGAGUGUAUGUGGCCACGCGCUCCCACUCUGCCAGUGGAGACCGAGAGCUCUCCAUAAGCAAAGGGGACAAAGUCAAAGUCAUAAGUGUAGGUGAAGGAGGGUACUGGGAGGGGACGGUGAAAGGACGCACCGGCUGGUUUCCUUCAGAUUGUGUUCAAGAAGUCGCUGCUCCAAGUAAAGACAAAGAGACACGCAGUGAAAAAGCCAAAAGGAAACUCUUCCGUAACGUCACUGUGGGAGCUUACGACGGCACCGAUGGCCCCAGUGACUACAUCAUUAAGGAAAAGACUGUGCUUCUACAGAAGAAAGACAAUGAAGGCUUUGGCUUUGUACUUAGAGGAGCCAAAGCUCAGACUCCCAUAGAGGAGUUCACUCCAACGCCAGCUUUCCCUGCACUGCAGUACCUGGAGUCCGUUGAUGAGGGGGGCGUGGCGUGGCGAGCGGGCCUCAGAAUGGGGGAUUUCCUCAUCGAGGUCAACGGCCAGAAUGUGGUGAAAGUCGGUCACCGGCAGGUGGUGAACAUGAUCCGGCAGGGCGGCAACAGCCUCAUGGUGAAGGUGGUGAUGGUUGCCCGAAACCCUGAAUUGGAGGACACUGCUCGGAAGAGAGCCCCGCAGCAGACCAAAAGACUGACUCCUCCUGCCAUCGCCCUGCGCUCCAAGUCAAUGACAUCAGAGCUGGAAGACAUGGUGGACAAAGCAGCAUCUCCAUGGAAAAAAAAAUCAGAAUUCGAGUCAUCUCAAGCUCCAGAUAAGAAGAGGACAGUCUAUCAGAUGGCAUUAAAUAAACUGGAUGAAAUAUUGGCUGCUGCCCAACACACUAUUACAUCAGACAGUCAGGGCCAGAGAGGUCACGGAGGCAAGAGGGACCGGAGCAAGAGUAUAGUUCCCAAUGAGCAACCCUAUGAGCAGCAGUCAGUAGUGCAGUCUGGUCCGGGUUUCGGCUACAACCAGGCUCACUUUCAGCCCGGCCACCCGUCCCAGCAUCCUGGAAUGAUGCGCCAAAAAUCCAUCGGUAUAACAGAUGAAGAGCGGCAGUACCUUCACCCACCUGCUAUGAAACUGGCCCGCAGCUUAUCAGUACCAGGGCCUGAGGAAAUCCCCCCUCCCCCAAACACAUCUGCUCCAGAACCACCUCUGUCUGCAGGUCCUUAUACUGGUCGAGGGCCCGCCAUGCCUAUUCCCCCCGUCCCGCAAGGCCACUACCAGCUCCACUCUCAGCCGGGCCAUCCCGCUCAAGGUGGCUGGGAGAGGGGAGGGCCUGGAGUGAUGAACCAACCAGUUAUGGUCCCAACCCUCCGCAGGCAAUCGGAAGGAGUCUGCAUCAGAGAGCCAGACGUACCUCGGAGAGGCGGUGGUAAGAUGGGAGGAUUGAGAAGAGGCUACAGCAGUGCUACACCGCCAACAAGUGCUAAGCCCAAGUCCCAACAGCCACAACAACAUCCCACACAAGUGACCAGCCGGGAGCAGGGUGGAGGAGGUGGUAGGGGUGUGGCGAAAAGGGGCGGACGUGGAGCCUUGAUGAAGCAGUCAAAGGUGGAGGAUGGACAAAGGCAACACCGAAGCAAAGGAGGUGGCACAAAAGAGAAAAGCUCAAUUCCCAUUCCCACCAUUAUCGUCAAAGCGCCCUCCACCAGCAGCAGCGGUCGAAGCAGUCAGGGCAGCAGCAUGGAGGCGGAGCCGUCCCAGGAUGCUGAGGACCAAACUUCUGGAGAUGCAACCACAGACAGUCCCAAUGCAAGCCUGCCUUCUCCACUCACCUCCUUACCGCCUCAGACUCAAACAUCCACCUCCUUACCUUCAUCGACGGCUGCGCCUGCUGUUUCCUCACAGCAAAACCUGGAAAAUGUCGACUACACCUCAACGUUUAACAAAGCGCUUGAAGGAUCAGGGGCCAGAAGGGAAAGAGAACGUUUCCGAGACAUGAGGAGAAAGAGUGCUUCUUUCUUUCUCUCAUCUGAGGAGGACAUCCAGGGUGAGGCAGGAGGCGGAGCAGGGGAAGGAGGAGGAGGAGCAUCGGGGGUACGAAUUCAACCAUUACAGGGGUCACAAAUCGAAGUGCCCACGCCUCGACUCCGACCCUCCAAGUCUAUAGAUGAAGGCAUGUUUUCUGCAGACAGCUAUGUCAACUACUCCAGCAGCAUGCCCCCAGCAUUCGGACUGCCUGAGUACUCUUCUCCAAUACUUGGUCAAGAUGGCCAACCUAAGUCAGCUCCUUCACUGUAUGGGUCCCAGCCUGCGACUACAUUCAUUCAUCCACUGACGGGUAAAGUUCUGGACCCCUCUUCCCCGCUCGGAUUGGCCUUGGCUGCAAGAGAGCGUGCCCUCAAAGAUGACCGCAGACCGCGCCGCGAGGACAGACAUUUUGGUCGGCAGAUGUCAACAGUUGGAUCUUUUCCAACACCGAUACAGACUCCUACACCUUCGCUUUUUGCUACCCCAACACAAUCCACCUAUACAUCUCCAGUUUCUCUCCACCUUAGCUCCCCAACAACUACCACCUCCCCUGCGUCUCUGAGCCGACCACAGUCACCGAGGAUAUUGCGUCUGGGGGGAGGCGGAGAGAGAAUGGAGAGAGAAAAGGAAGGAGGACCCAGAGAGGGCCUUAGAGUUCGCUUCUCUGAGGACCGAACCAGUCAAUCUUCAAACCAGUACUACUCACAGAGCAGCAGAGAGAGAGAGAAGGACCAUUACGACAACAGAUCUGCUCCACCACUGCAUCCUCCUCCUCCUCCCACUCAACCAGCCCCUCGUAGACCGUCCUAUCUGCAAAUGGAGAACGCUCACAACACCAGCUACAUCCCUCAGUACACCGUUCCCACAGCUCCAUCACACGCAAACGACACCACGAGAGAAGCAAGAGCUGAGGCGGGUGGAAGUCUGGGACUAAUGGUUUUACCUCCACCUGCUCCCUCAAUAGAUGUAGAUGAGGAGUUUGUCUUUGCAGAUCCGUUGCCCCCACCACUUCAGUUCGCCAAUGGAAAGAAUGAGAGGGUCCAGGAGUUCCAUCAGCAGCAGGGUCACCACUCCGUUUGUCCUGGCCCACCACCUCAUUCGUCCUCAAAGUCGACAAAUGUACCACAGACGUCCUCACAAGGUGGGGAUUCUGCCACCUCCAGCCUGACUUCUUAUGAUAGUGAGGUAGCUAACCUCACACAGUCUGCUCUGUCGCCGUCCUACCCCUCCCCACAGAUAUUUCCCCCAUCUUCUACCAACGCUACCACAACUGGCACUGGGAUGUCACUACACAGACCACAGCCCAUGUCCCAUUCCCAGUCAUAUUACAACAGCUCCAAUGACUCCCUAGUUUGUGUUCACACUCCAGCGCAAGACAGAGGAACGGCUGCACUCACCACCACCAUGACCUAUGCUACCACCACUAUGACAGCAACUGCAGCCGCCGCAACCACUACAACCUCUCCAGCGUCCUCGGAUUACAGCAUGACCAUGGCUGGGCGCAAGGCCAGCCUCGGCACCGAGGGGAAAGCUGCAGACCACGCUCAACACUCUACAGUCAUGCCUAAAAGUGGAGACUGGCAGGAUGCCGUGGUGGACUCUGGAAUCGAAGAGCUGGACAGUCACAGCAGUAGCGACCAUCAUUUAGAAAUGCUGGGCUUAAGGGGAGACAGAGGAGGGCAUGGAGGAGAUGGGAGAGGAGGAAAGGAGGAUCAUCAGGAUUCCUAUUCAGUCGGGCAAGCGUUUGAAGGGCACAGCGCCAAAAUGGCCAAUCCUGUAUUUCCAAAGAUGAGUCAAUACAAAGAAGGAGGAGGAAGGAUCCAACCUAUCGCUCUCCGAAGGCAGAGCAGCACCAACCCUGCUCCUUUGCAACUACAAAGACUAAACCACCCAGAAGAUGCUGGUUUAGAUGGAACUUUUGCCGACGAGAAGAAGCACAACCCAAGUCGAUCUAAAAUGGAGGAUGGCUUCAGCUCUGCUCUGGCGGCCUGUUUAGAAAGGCCCAUGGACUCUCGAUCGGUGGUCUGGGCCGAAAUGGGGGAGAACGAUCAAGGUGCAGUUCAAGGGGGAAGUAUUGUUUUAGACGGUCGUAGACUUCACUCUCCCUUUUCAGGUGUGAAAGCCAGCAUCAUCAAUGAGCUGAGCUCCAAGCUGCAACAGAUGGGGAGCAUGAAGAGCAUGGACGACUGGAGCCAUGCUCCAAAGUCCCCCAGCAUGCAUAGGUAUUCAGCCGAUUUCACAGAUGCAUUCCACAGCCCGCCUACUGGACGCUCCACCUCACCGCUACCGACCUCCUCCCCACAGCACCAUCAGAUCCUGACUCCCAACCUCUCGGCCACCCCUUCUGUUUCACCCUCUUCUCAAGUCCCAGUUCAGCGCAACUGGACCCGAUCCCCUUCUCCACAGGUGCCUACCUCCCCAGUGCAUUCACACCCUCCCCAUUCUCCAACAUACUGCCCAUACCCCACAUCACCUAAGCACAGAUCCAAGUUUCGUAGGCAGACUUUUGAUUUUCAGUGUAGUCCCACUAAGGAGAGGAGGUCUUCAGUCUCAAGACGCCGAGCUCCCAGCCCUCUCAUCUACAACACCGAACAGUCAAACCCCACCCCUCCCAGACCGUCUUCUCUCCCCAUUCUUCCCACAACACCCGUCUACAACAACCCCUUUGACUUCUCUAGUCCAUUCAAUCCUCCAUCCCCCGGCCUCCCUGUGGCAGACCCCUACCAGGCGUCCACUCCUCCGCUCUUCUCCCCCUCUUGUGUUCCAAGCGCGAACCCCCUGCUUGUGUCUCGCUCCAUCUCCCCCACUCCAUUUUUCUCCGGGGCCUCCUCCCCCAUGCAUCUACCACCUAGUCCGUCAUGCCUCAGCUACCCCCACGUCAACCCUCCUCCGCCGACCAAACCAUUUGCCGUUAAGCCUCUCCCCUACUGGACCAAGUACGAUGUGGCCGACUGGUUGGCUUAUCUAAAUCUGGGCGAACACAGAGAGCGUUUUAUAGAUAAUGAGAUAGACGGAUCUCACCUGCCCUCGCUCACUAAGGAUGACUUCUUGGACCUGGGAGUGACACGUGUGGGACAUCGAAUGAACAUUGAGAGGGCGCUCAAGAAACUCACGGACAGGCGUCUCUCCUCUCCUUUGCAUGUCACUACCUCCCCCCGAGACACUGACUGAAAGAGUGAUUCAAAGAGAGGGAAAGAAACAAAUUCAGAGAGAUGAACAAUAACGGAAGAUUUGCAAGAAGAGAACAGUGGACCUCAACAGGCUAAGUUUUGUUAAGACCAAUAGAUUUGCAGGUUUGGUCGUGUGCCAGACGUGUAGAGGUUAUUGUUGUGAUGUUUGUGGGAUGGGAAUGAUCAAGGCUAGAGUUAUUUAAAGCUCUUCAAUUAAAAAUGUUCAGUUUUUGACGGACAGGCGUUUAAUUAAUGCCCCGUUUUUUUGGUUUUUUUUUGCUGAAGAAGAGAAAACACACACAUUUGUACUCACACACACUGACAGAUGGAUUCUCACACCAUCUGCUGCUUAGCAGCAAUGAACAGUCUGAGUCUAAAAAGAAAAGUUACAAAACUUCUGCUCAAAUUCUGAUAUACCUAACAGUUAUAACUACCGUAUUUUCCGGAGUAUAACGCUAGGUUCACACUGGACGCGGAAGCGGCGCAGAGUGGCAUGCGCGCUUCCCUAAAAUUCACACCAGAUACUUAUUUUUCCGCAACGGUCAACAACCGCUUCUGCCAGAGGUUUUUUUUUGUUUGUUUUUGCCAUCAUGGGUAGAUUAAUAACCUAAAAAUAUUAUCUCAUGUUUUUUCAUAGUUUAGCCAGGGGUGCGACUUAUACUCAGGAGAGACUUAUUUGUGUGUGUGUUUUUUUAGACAUAAUUAGGCAUAUAUAAUUGUUAUUUUCCCAUUUAACAUCAGUUGUCCUUUUAUUUUUUUAGCUACGCUAGGCUUGGCGGAUUUGUUCUGAAACGUCAGACUUUUCUCCUAAAACUGCGACUUAUACUCCAGAGCGACUUAUAUAUGGUUUUUUAUUUGUUUUUUUAGACAUAAUUAGGCUCAUAUGUUUGUUAUUUUCCCAGUAGACAUCAGUUGUCCUUUUGCGGUUGUUUUCUCUAACAACCACCAGAGAGCGCUGCAUCUGAGUAUAAGUGUUUGUUGACAGUGGCAGAAGAAGACGUGUCAUCAAAAUACAUUUGUAAGAGAGUCUGAUUGUUUUCCACUUAAACUUUAAUAUUUAUCUUACACACAUCAAACAAUUAGUAUUCUUUUAUUUAUUUAUUUAUUUAUUUUAGCUAUGCUAGGCUUAGCGAAUUUGUUCUGAAACAUCAGACGUUUCUCCUAAAAGUGCGACUUAUACUCUAGAGCGACUUACAUAUGGUUUUCUUCUUCAUGAUAAGAUUUUUUUUGUUUGCUCUUGCGACUUAUACUCUAGAGUGACUUAUAUUCCAGAGUGAUUUAUACUCCAGAGUGACUUAUACUCUAGAGUGACUUAUACUCCAGAGCAACUUAUAUAUGGUUUUCUUCUUCAUGAUAAGACUUUUUUUUUUGCUUUUGCGAAUUAUACUCUGGAGUGACUUAUACUCAAGAGCGACUUAUAUUCUAGAGCGACUUAUACUCCAGUGCGACUUAUACUCUGGAGCAACUUACAUAUGGUUUUCUUCUUUAUAAGACUUUUUUUUUGCUCUUGCGACUUAUACUCCAGAGCGACUUAUACUCUAGAGUGGCUUAUACUCCAGAGCGACUUAUACUCUAGAGUGGCUUAUACUCCAGAGCGACUUAUACUCUAGAGUGGCUUAUACUCCAGAGCGAUUUAUACUGCAGAGUGACCUAUACUCCAGAGCGACUUAUACUCCAGAGCAACUUAUACUCUAGAGCGACUUAUACUCUGGAGCAACUUAUACUCCAGGGUGACUUAUACUCCAGAGCAACUUAUAUAUGGUUUCUUCUUCAUGAUAAGACUUUUUUUUUUUUUGCUCUUGCAACUUAUACUCCAGAGCGACUUAUAUUCUAGAGCGACUUAUACUCCAGAGCGACUUAUACUCUAGAGUGGCUUACGAGCAACUUAUAUUCUAGAGCGACUUAUACUCUAGAGCGACUUAUACUCUAGAGCAACUUAUAUAUGGUUUUCUUCUUCAUGAUAAGACUUUUUUUUUCUCUUGGGACUUAUACUCUAGAGUGACUUAUACUCCAGAGUGACUUAUACUCCAGAGCAACUUAAAUAUGUUUUCUUUCUUCUUUAUUUGACUUUAUGCUUUUGCGACUUAUACUCUAGAGUGACCUAUACUCUUAUACUCCGGAAAAUACAGUAAAUCAGACACACCUCCUUGCAUCAAUUUAGUUGUUUCCAAUGGCUUUGACGACGUGAGCCAAAGUCAUAAUGAGGCUGGUAACGCCUUGUUUAUUUGUAAAUGACAAUAGAAAACGAGAUAGACUAUUAUAGUACUGUUUUUAUAUAUAUUUGACAUAUUCCCCCAGAUGAUGCUCCAAUAUGCUUUGUAUGUUUGUACUUGCAAGCUCUAAAUAUAUCUUAAAUGUUAAACUGGAUUGGUAGAACCAUUUGUUUUGUACUAAUAGCAAUCACUCAUAUCGAACUGGUUUAUAUCAUGUUGUGAGGACAUACAAAUUAUUGAUGUUAAUCGAACUUUAUCCUGAUUAUCCUGCAAAAAGCAGAGAAAACACAGAGGUGGAUUUAGACAGUAAGCCAUUUCACACCAUUUUCAGAGAGUUGGCCAUAGCAUGGGUCGAGGGAUGCAUCCAUCCUUUUCUGAGGCCAUCAUGUUGACCCCUUUCUCUCACAUAGCAGGUGCAGUGAUCAAAAAAGGGCUUUUUAAUGCUUUUCUGUCUGCCUGACUUCCUCAGCCUUCUGCCUCUGUGAGUCAGAGUGUUUGAUUAUGUGCGUGUUUGUCAGCCUGCGUUGGUAGCCGAUUCCUCCCCUGACCUACGCUUCCCUUCUCCUUAAUGGCUUUUCCAAAACAUGUUUAUACAAAAAAAAAAAAAAAGUUUUUUUUUUUCGUUGUGUUUUCUCACCAGCUGACAAUCCCAACGUUUCACACAUUGAUGCUUUAAAAGGAAUGCUCUGACCCACUUUAAAGAGAAAAAAAAACGUAAAAUACUGUAUGUGUUACGAAUAGUUAAACCUGCAAUCCCUGGGUUUAUUUUAAAACUGUGCACAAAAAUACACAGUUAUUGCUCUGUAUGUAUUGAUGAUAACAAAAUAUAGUAUAAUAAAGAUUCUAAUAUUAAGUAUUUAAAGAUUUUUAAGAAUCUCUGUCUUCCAAAUAGUGUGGACGAAUUCUUUGAUACUUUCUGUUUUUCCUGUAAAUGCUUUCUAUACUGCUUGCCCUGCUUUGACCUCAUUGAAGCCCUAGUUUAUGUAUAUUUUUACAAAAUGAGCUCAAACAAACCCAUGCUGAGCCGCCUCGACGCUUUAUCUCAUGACUAGUCUGAGAUCAUGUGAAUGGACUGAGCAGUAGUAUAGAAAGCAUUACUUUGAAUUAAAAGAGCAUUUUAGGUGUAGUGAUUUGCAUAAUGAAUUAAAGUAUUACCAUACUGUAAGUAUGAAGAAAUAAAAAGAUAUAUAUAUAAAUAUGUAUACAUAUAUAAAUAUAUAUGUAUAUACACACAUAGAUUCUGUUUUGAAUAAAUGACAUAUAUGCUGAUAACAUGAUAGAGGUACCAAUAAGGAGUUGAAAUAAACGCUGAAAUAAACUGU